AUGCCACCAAAAAGACGCGUCCAAGCUAUUGUUGCUACCCCACCGAAGCGGUCUCAGGGCGUGCCCCGCGGUACUCUAAGCCAGCCUAUAUCUAUCGAAAGCCCGCCAUCAUCCUCUCGCUUAUCACCUCGUCAAGCUCUAGUUGAAGCGUCCCAGGUAUCGAGCUUCGAAGCGCGGCUGCGCGAAACGCAGGCUCGAGAAGCUAUCAUCCCACCCGCUAACGGCAGCGAGGAGGCAACGAUAGCUUCUAACGAGCUUGCUAGUAUAGGCUUCGACGAACACCUAGUAGACGCCUUCAAAGGUCUUGACUGGGACCACUUUCCUCAGUAUAUGAAGCCUUUGGCGUCGCAGCGCGGGAAGAAAAGCUAG